AUGUCCGUGAACAAUUAUAGAAAAUGCGCAAAGUGUGGUAAAACACGUGCUGAAGAUAUGACGGUGACGUAUCAUAGGUUUCCGAAUCCAGGAAAGGAUAAUAACACGAAGGCUCAUGCUUGGGCCAAAUAUUGUUGGCCGAAUGAUGACUGGAGUUCUAGAGAAUCAUUAUACUCGCUCCACAAAAUCAAUAAAGUUUUAUGUGGAAGACACUUUCAUUCGUCUCAAUUUUAUGACAGUACACGGAAAAAAUUGAGUAAAUUUGCUGUGCCUGAAUUAACUGACUUACUAAAUGAUAAAACCAAUGUAUUUAACCAGAAUGCAGCACCAUCAACUGUAGCAGGACUGCAAAGUAAGUCGUAA